AUGGGUUGCAUAGCCCUCUUCGAAGGGUUGAUGGCGGUUCGCGCUCGCUUCUCUGCGCAGAGUGACGAGUUCUGGGGCAUGCGCGAGAUCAACCUCGCCGCGAACGCCAUCGGCGACGAAGGGCUCGUCGCUGCCAUGUUCUACUGUGCCAAGGACAUGUGCAUGAAGGAGCUGCUGCUGCAGCGGAAUCAGGUUACUCUCGAGCACGUCGUCGUCCGCGUCGUCGAGAAACUGAACGCCUCGCGUCUGGCCAAGCUCUCCCUCGCCUCCAACCCGCUCAACACGGCAGCAGUCUGCACCAUGUUCGAGAUGCUAGAUGCACCAUACCUGCACGCGCUGCACCUGUCCGCGUGCCAGAUCACAUCCGACCUCGUCCCAGCCCUAUGCGCCUUCCUCCGCUCCCCCCGCUCUCAGCGUCUGCAGCUCCUAGAGCUAAACGGGAACAUGCUCGGCCGUGCCGGCGUCACAGCCAUCCUCGACGCGAUCGAGGAGGCCAACUUCUCUCUCUCCCGAAUUGGACUGUUUGCGAACACUGUGCGGCGGUGGGCGACAGAUGACAACGGUCAGCCGGCCGGAGGGACGGGCGCGGCGGAGAAUGGCGGCGUCGGCGCAGGCGGGCCCGAGGGUGCGGGCCGGCCAGACAACAGCGCGCCCGACGCGCAGCGCACGGCCGGCGACCCGAACGACCACGCCAGCAUGGCGUGGCAGAUUGGCGAGAGGCUACCAGCCCUGCAGAGGCGGAACGGCACGCUGUGGCGGCGCGUGCGUGAGGCUGCUGUCAAGUCGCUGGCCGCGACGCGAAUGAUCCUGCAUGCCCGCGAGCCGUUGGAUGCCGAGACGGCGCAACGCGUGCUCGCCUCCGCGGACCCGGACGCACCCUCCCAGGCAGUGUUUAGGCUCAUGGACCUGCCGCCGGAACUCCGGCUGCUCAUUGCCCGGCACUGUUCCCGAGACGCCUAUGCCAUGUCGGACGCUCAGUGGAGUCGCGUCAGGAGCCAUGCGGAGAAGAGAGAGACGCUGCUGCGGAUGCGGAAUCGGGUGCGCGGGGCCACCGAGGAUGCGACCAGUUAUGCGUCUAAGCGCUCCAGGGAGGUCAAGGUGUGCAGGCAGUGGAUGGAGGAGGUCGGAUGCGAUAGGUGGGAGCUCGAGAAUGGGGAGUUUUGGGACAAGUGGACCAAACCCGCGCCAAUGCCGUGA